UUGAUUGUAUACACCUGUGUCCAUGGAGGGGAUUGGAACACCUGAAUCACAUGAUUUGGAGGGGAUUGGAACACCUGAAUCACAUGAUUGGGAGGGGAUUGGAACACCUGAAUCACAUGAUAUGGAGGGGAUUGGAACACCUGAAUCACAUGAUUUGGAGGGGAUUGGAACACCUGAAUCACAUGAUUGGGAGGGGAUUGGAACACCUGAAUCACAUGAUUGGGAGGGGAUUGGAACACCUGAAUCACAUGAUAUGGAGGGGAUCGGAACACCUGAAUCACAUGAUAUGGAGGGGAUUCUAACACCUGAAUCACAUGAUAUGGAGGGGAUUGGAACACCUGAAUCACAUGAUAUGGAGGGGAUUGGAACACCUGAAUCACAUGAUAUGGAGGGGAUCGGAACACCUGAAUCACAUGAUAUGGAGGGGAUCGGAACACCUGAAACACAUGACUGGGAGGGGAUUGGAACACCUGAAUCAUCACAUGAUUGGGAGGGGAUUGGAGCACCUGAACCACAUGAUAUGGAGGGGAUUGGAACACCUGAAUCACAUGAUUUGGAGGGGAUUGGAACACCUGAAUCACAUGAUUUGGAG